UGCCUAACCUCAAAUAUGCAGUUAGUUAUUCAAUGUGUUUCACUUCUGUUGUUCUUUCGAAACGAAUAAAUAUGAACUAAAACCCUUUAUAAAACGAUUAUGGAUAAAAUUCUUCGUAUUUCACUUCAAAUUUUUAAUAAUAAAUCGUACAAGUGCAUCCAGAAUAUUCAGUAUAGACAAAUCAUGACUACCCCAAAAUUCAUGAAAGAUGCAGUGGAGGAAUUAGAGAGAAAUCCUUAUUAUGAAAAAUAUGCACAGAAAAUUGCAAAACUACAACAAACUUCUCCUGAGGAGUUUUUGUCUCGUAUUGAAGCACGAGAAAAUGAAAAGCAAAAACCGAAAUUUGGUGGCAUUGAGGAGAGGCAAUAUUCUUCCUUAUUAGAACCGAAAAAGAGUUUGCCAUCUACCUUAUUAUCUGACUCUAAUGAAGAAUCAUUAAAUAAAAUAAUGAAAUUAGAUUUGGUAAAAAAUAAGAGUACAGAAGAAAUUAAAAAAAUUUGGGAGCAGUAUCACAUUCAAAAAGAUGUUAUUGCUGCCACAAUUCCCGCUUAUGAUUAUGAUAUUAUAAUUGAAGAAAGUAAAAAGUAUCCAACUUUCCUUUUUCCAGUACCUCGCAGUCAAGGAUAUGAGUUUAUUAUGUGCCAAUUUGAUAAAAACCAUGUCCAUUUCACUCCUUUGUUAUAUUACCAGGAGGUACACAAAGAGAAUGCCCCGGAAUGUUUAACUAUAACUCAUUUUGAUGAGUUUAAAGACAACAAGGGUAUAGUGUUGAUGCGUGGGGAAUUCGAUAAAAAUGUUUUAAAUGCUAAAGAAGCCCAGUGUCUAGCUAACCAGCUACAAUUGUUUUAUACAAGAAAAGAUUCGAGCAGAAUGGAACUUCUUGAAAGGUUUACCAAAAGGCCGGACGAAUUCAAGCAUAUUGACCUUAUAAAAACUAUUGAAACUUUGUCUCUUUAGCAACCAUGAUUUAAUUAUUGUAUACUAUAUUUCAUUUAUAAAGUAGCACAUUUGUACUUGUAAAUAUGUUGUUAAUAAACAAAAUGAAAUCAUGCAA